GGACGAGGAUCCGUAACGUUGAGGUUGGCUCCGGAGCCUACUUGGAUGGACUGUCCUGCCCAGGGUCCUGCCCAGCUGCAGACCGAGUAGGACAGCUUGGGUGCGAGUGUCGUGCACUUGGCUUUUCGAGGACAGAAAAAUGAAGGCGUCACGAGCAGUAAUAACUAUGAUAAAAUCAUUUCUUGAGGCUUAGUUUUCAACCAGAGUAAUCACUGAAACUGCCAGUUUCUCAAGUUCCUCUUUGGGACUCCAGACUUGGAGAUGGUCCCUCGCAUGGAGUUGUUUUUUUUUUUUUUUUUUUGGCUGUGACAGCCUCUCGUUUGUUUUCUCUCCACCUGCUUCUGGGCAUCCUUACUCCCCUGCUGCCCCUCACCUACACCUAUGCUUGGCUGCGGGACUCCGAGGGUUGUCAUGGCAAAGGUCCAUAAGUAAGACUGAGCCACUUCCCGCCCUGUGCCUGCUAUUCUGAGGUUGGUGGACACCCUUGCUGAAUGUGCCUGUAAGGCCAUAUUUUGUGCUGUAAGAUUUGCAGGUCUGGACUAGGCAGUGACCUCUGGGCUUACUACUCUAGCCUGGUAUAUCUUUUGGCUCCAUGGCCAGCUACUGGCUCCUACAGACCGGAUGAAGCAGACUAGAGAUACAAGUGGAGAAAGCCUCCAGCUGGCAGAUUCUCAGAGAGUGGCCCUCUGGCCACUGGCCCUGCCCAGCCUGCCUCAUGGAGAGGAUGAACUGGCUGAGCAGAUUGGCCUCCCGGGGCCCUGGGCACCGUGUACCUCAGGGGGCCAAUCUGCAGACCCCUGUCAUGGCUGAUCCUGAGACCUGCCUCAUGGUCUUCAAGAAUCACUGGUCUCAGGUGGUGCGAAUCCUGGAGCGGCAAGGACCUCGUGCGGCUGGGGGUGUAGAUGAUCUCAGUGCUGUGCGCAACCACACUUACCAGAUGUUGACACUGCUGGUAGAAGAUCGUGCGGUUCCCUCCGCCCCCACGGCCCCUGGGCCCUUGCUGGAGUUUGCUCUGCGUGAGGACCUGCUAACCCGUGUGUUGGCGUGGCAGCUUCAGUGGGAUGAGCUUGGGGAUGGGGUUGAGGAACGGCGGGCUGAGCAGUUGAAACUGUUUGAGAUGCUAGUGAGCGAAGCUCGCCAGCCACUGUUGCGACAUGGUCCAGUUCGUGAGGCUCUGCUGACCUUGCUGGAUGCCUGUGGCCGCCCUGUGCCCAGUAGCCCAGCACUAGAUGAAGGCCUGGUGCUACUUCUCAGCCAGCUAUGUGUGUGUCUGGCCCGGGAGCCUUCAUUGCUCGAGUUCUUCCUACAGCCACCUCCUGAGCCUGGAGCUGCCCCCCGUCUUCUCCUCUUUUCUCGCCUUGUUCCCUUCGUCCAUCGAGAGGGCACGCUGGGCCAGCAGGCUCGUGACGCCCUACUCCUGCUCAUGGCUCUGUCAGCUGGGAGUCCCACUGUGGGCCGCUACAUUGCAGAUCACUCGUACUUCUGCCCGGUGCUGGCCACAGGGCUGAGUGCCCUAUACUCCUCACUGCCCCGAAAGAUUGAGGUUCCAGGGGAUGAUUGGCAUUGCCUGCGACGGGAGGACUGGCUGGGAGUGCCAGCACUUGCGCUGUUCAUGAGUUCCCUAGAAUUCUGCAAUGCAGUCAUUCAGGUGGCUCAUCCUUUGGUGCAGAAGCAGCUAGUUGAUUAUAUCCAUAAUGGGUUUCUAGUGCCUGUCAUGGGCCCUGCCCUGCACAAGACGUCUGUGGAAGAGAUGAUCGCCAGUACCGCCUAUCUGGAACUUUUCCUACGGAGUAUCUCAGAGCCUGCUUUGCUCCGUACCUUCCUGCGAUUCCUGCUGUUACACCGGCAUGACACCCAUACCAUUCUUGACACCCUCGUUGCCCGAAUUGGCAGCAACUCCCGGGUAUGGCCCCUACCUCUGUCCUGGCUUACCUGGCUCUGCAUGGUCUCUCUGAGUCUCUUCAGGACCCUACUGAACCUCAGCUGUGAGGAUGUCCUGCUGCAGUUGGUUCUCAGGUAUCUUGUCCCGUGUAACCAUGUGAUGCUGAGCCAGAAGCCAGCUGUACGUGAUGUGGACCUCUAUGGACGAGCAGCAGACAAGUUUCUCUCCCUAAUCCCACGCUGUUGUCGGCAUCGUGCCCCUAGCCCACCCCGUCCAGAGCAUGCCUCAUGGGCACGAGGUGGGCCUAGCAGAGAGGCAGGGAGAAGGGAGGACACCACGGGCCCUGGAAGCCCAAGUGUUGACUCCUCUUCCGUGGUGACAGUGCCCCGGCCCUCCACACCAUCUCGUCUGGCCCUCUUCCUGCGACAGCAGAGUCUGGGUGGCUCAGAAUCCCCAGUUCCAGCCCCUCGUUCACCAGGGCUUGCUGCAUCCCCAGCCUCCAGCCCUGGCCGAAGGCCCAGCCCUGUGGAGGAGCCUGGUGAGCUGGAAGACAAUUACCUGGAGUAUCUGCGUGAGGCGCGCUGUGGUGUGGACCGGUGUGUCCGAGCCUGCCGUACCUGGUCUGCCCCCUAUGAUGGCGAGCGGCCCCCUCCUGAGCCUAGUCCUGUUGGCUCCCGGACUAAGAAACGCAGCCUACUGCCUGAGGAGGACAGGGACAAUGUGGGGGAAGGGGAGGAGGAAGAGCUGGGGAGUGGGGGGCUUGCUGGGGGUGCAGGGGAGGGCCCUAGCCACCUGCCUCCUCCCCAGCUCAAUGGGGUGCCAGGACCAUGGCCUGAGGGGGCAAAGAAAGUUCGACGGGUGCCUCAGGAGGGAGCUGGGGAGCUGCUGGAGGGCACCUCUGGGGGCAUGGCAGGACUAGAGGGCUUUGGGCAGGAACUCCGGGAACUGGAGGUGGCAUUGAGCAAUGGGGGGGCUGGCUCAGAACCCCCGCUAGAGCCUCCACUACCUCUUGAGGAGGAGGAGGCCUAUGAGAGCUUCACCUGUCCCCCUGAGCCCCCUGGCCCCUUCCUCAGCAGCCCUUUGCGGACUCUCAACCAGCUGCCAAGCCAACCCUUCACUGGCCCCUUCAUGGCUGUGCUCUUUGCCAAACUCGAGAACAUGCUGCAGAACUCCGUCUAUGUCAACUUCCUGCUGACGGGGCUGGUGGCCCAGCUGGCCUGUCACCCCCAGCCCCUGCUCCGCUCUUUCCUGCUCAACACCAACAUGGUCUUCCAGCCCAGUGUCAAGUCCCUGCUGCAGGUGCUGGGUUCUGUGAAGAAUAAAAUUGAGAGCUUUGCGGCCUCCCAGGAAGACUUCCCAGCACUGCUGUCCAAAGCCAAGAAGUACCUCAUUGCCCGUGGCAAGUUGGAUUGGGCCGAGGGCCCUACAGCAGGACCUGCCCCCCGCCGCUCUGAUCCCCUAGUGAAGAGCCGGAGGCCAUCCUUGGGGGAGUUGCUCCUGCGGCAUGCACACAGUCCAACCAGGGCCCGGCAGGCGGCACAGUUGGUUCUUCAGCCUGGGAGAGACGGCGCAGGACUUGGCCUAGGUGGGGGCUCCCCUGGGGCUUCAACUCCAGUUCUGCCCCCUCGGGGUGGGGCCCCUGAGCGCCAAGGUGAGGCUCUGCGAGUCAAGAAUGCGGUCUACUGUGCAGUCAUUUUCCCUGAGUUUCUCAAGGAGUUGGCUGCCAUCUCCCAGGCCCAUGCUGUCACCUCGCCUUUCUUGUUGGAUACUUCAGAGGAGGGAUCUGGCCCUCCUGUCUCAGGCUUUGGGCCCCUCAAUCCUUAACUUUCUUCCAUGGACAAUCAGAGCCUCGUGUGGCCUGGGCCAGGGCCGGGGUGUAGGCUCCUUUUUAUGUUUGGAGGCAGUGGCAAGAGGACUUUUUAAUUUAUUUCCGAUGAAUGUUUUAUGGAGAACUUGUUGCAAUAUGUAUAAAAGGGAAAUCUCUAUUCUGUGCUCA